AUGAGCAGGAUGAAUUCUGGCUUCGUCAUCUUUCUGGUUCUACUGAUAGCAUGUGCUUGGGCACGCUUGGACACUAAGUUUCGCAGGCCAAUAAGGAACACAGGGACUGCCAAAAAUAAGCACAGACGUCCAGCUCCUGUAAUACAAUGUACAGUAGACGCCGGCUGCCCUUCAUAUCCACAGGCGAUCUGUGUUGAUUCGCUCUGCAUCAGACUAGGACAAAGCUGUCGUGUAGGCACUGACUGUCCUCUAUUCCCUACCACACUCUGCGUAGAAAACCGCUGUAUUAGACUAAAUCAGCCAUGCGCCAGGGAUGAUGACUGCCCAAUGUCACCAAAGGUAUACUGUGUACAAAACCGCUGCUCAGUGCUUGGACAACAAUGUAGUACGGACGCACAAUGUCCUUUCUACCCUUUGACAAGCUGUGUGAAUGCACAAUGCGUGAAGCUUGGCCAGUACUGCAGACUUGAUGCGGACUGCCCAUUAAGACCACAUACUGUCUGUCACAAUCAUAAGUGCACCAAACUUAAAACUCCAUGUGAGACCCAUAGCGACUGCCCAAGAUCGCGUGAUAUUUUCUGCGUGGAUAAACGUUGCGUUGCACUAGGCCAAGCCUGCAGGACGGAUAGCCAGUGUCCAUAUGCACCACGCACUUCAUGUGUUGAAUUCAAAUGCACGUUAUUGGAACAGCAAUGCUUGGUGGAUGCCGACUGCCAUCUUUAUCCCAAAGUAGUCUGCGUUCAUUCCAAGUGCAUAAAAUUGGGCCAAUUUUGCAGGUCAGACAGGGAUUGCUACAACUCUACGAACGUCAUGUGUGUAAAUAAUGAAUGCAAACGAUUUGAUAGUAAGUGCAAAUUAGAUACAGAUUGUCAAUACUAUCCGCAGACAGUGUGCGUGAAUCGACAGUGCAUGAAGAUGGGCAGACAAUGUUCUGCCGAUGCAGACUGUCCUGGCUCUGAAACGCAGUGCGUAAGCAAAAGAUGCGUGAAAUUAGGACAGCUUUGUAAAAGUAAUUUGGACUGCCCAGCCUUGACAGGAUUUACAUGCUAUGAGGGUAAAUGUCUACAACUUGGUGGGAGAUGUACAAGAGACGACCAAUGCUCUGAUAGGAUGAGCUGUGUUCGAAAUCAGUGCAUUCGGCUUGGUCAAGCCUGCAGUUCAAGUAGUGACUGUCCCUUCAGCACGACAUGCAUUUCCGGUACAUGCAGGAAGAAUGAUAAUCAAGAAGAAACUACAACUGCUGCAAGUACAACUGCUGCGUUACAUGCUCCAACUCUUACCUCAACAACGGCUAGCACUUAUAGAGCUCCUUUACACACUACAAUUGCUCCUUUACAAGCUAUGUGCAGAUUAACUGUGGACGAAAGAAACAAGAUCUUGGAGCUACACAAUACUUACAGGGCACAGCUUGCACAGGGUAACAUAGAAAGCGGAGGAAAAAGUUUACCAUCAGCCACCUCAAUGUUUGAUCUGAAAUGGGAUUGCAAGUUGGAAAGCGAAGCCUAUGAACAUGCAGUAGGAUGUUCGCUGAAAGCAUCGGAUCCAAACACACGUCCUGGUGUUGGAGAAAACAUCUUCACUGCCAGAGAUAUAGGACUCAGUCAUACACAAAUUGCAGAUUUGGCAACACAAGUUUGGUGGACAGUGCCCAAGAGAUAUCACAUCGAUAGUACCCAAUACACUCCAGUGGACACUAUAUUUUCCCAAUGGAGCCAAGCAGUAUGGGAGACGACGACUAAAGUUGGUUGUUACUCGGCAAAGUGCAACGAAAAUUUUCUUGUGUGCCGUUAUAAACAAAGAGGAAAUGAGCCUGGUCACUAUAUCUACCGUCAAGGUCCAGUAUGCAAAGCAUGCAAGUAUACUUGCAUUCUUAAUCAAGCUUCUAAGCAUUACGGAUUGUGCAUCACCCCCGACUAAUCAGCCUGGACAAAUUUCAACGAACAUUUGUUUACUAUGGGAACAGUGAUAAAUCUAAAUUUAUCCUUAACUUUCAAUGAAUGUUAAAUGUGUGAAUAACCAAUUCGAGC